AUGCUGAGCAACCUACACUUGAACACCUCUGCCACCACGAAGGACAGCAACAGCUUGUUCACACUAGGCCUCAUCAUUGAGCCUGAAUCUUUCCGCAAGCUGCCUCGGACUCUCCUCCAUGAUUGUACUCAACACAACAACAAGCAGUACCCGACUAAGAAGCAAACAAAUCCUCCAUGGCGUGGUCCGAGUGCAUGA